AUGGCCAAUAACACGUCUCAAGCAACAACGGAUACCUUCCAAUCGCCCUUCUAUUUCUUCCCCUCAUUGGUUACCCAACGCCGUUCCUUCUGCCUAGGAUUCUUGAAACGCCAAAGGAUUCGAACUGUGUUGGAGCUCGGCUGUGGAGAAGGCACACUUCUCGGAUUAUUGACGAACGCGGCCAACUCUCUCGGAGAAUUCCCAUCUUCCUCGGACGUCGAAUAUCUCCAGGCCGAACAAAGCAGAGUGGAUGAUCCGGUAAGAAAGGAACGGCUGGCGAGGAUUGAGGAGGUCGUCAAAGCGACACCCGAGCUGGACUACUACCAGCGAGACCUUCACCUCGAGCUUCUCAUCGGCGUCGAUCUGGACGAAGAGAGACUCGAGCGAGUCCAAGAGACGCUCAAGCUCACCAACCAAAAAGCUCAGCCAGAUGUGCUCAACCCCCAUUCGCGCUGGGAGCCUCUCAGGGUGGAGCUAUGGUCUGGCGACCUGGCGGUGAACAACGAGCGAUUCAAAGGCUUGGAGUGUGUGGUGAUGAGCGAGGUGAUCGAGCAUCUCUUUCCCCAUCAACUCGAGCAAUCCAUCCCCCUACUCUUUGGGAGCUACCAACCCCAGUGGAUCGUCAUCACCACACCCAACCACGAGUUCAACCAAUACAUCGACCAAUACUCUUCAGCGGAGACCAGAAGCCACCAUCGUUUCCUCGACCCCACCGGGGCUACCGACCGCUACUUCCGUGACGAUGACCACAAGUUUGAAUGGACCCGGGAUGAAUUCAAAACUUGGUGCGAAACUAUCGGCUCAACUUAUGGUUACGAUUAUGAACUCUCCGGGUGCGGCUCUUAUGUCAACUACUUCAUCCAAUCUAUCAACUCGAUCGAUCCUGAGACACAGCCUCUUCCGCCAAAAUCGAAACUCCCCGUGCCAGAGUCGCCCGAAGGAUUCUUUGCCACCCAAUGCGUGGUCUUCAAGAGGCGAGAUCAACCAAGGAAUGUGGACAAUGAGAAGGAGAAAGUGCCAGACGUAGAUCCCCCAAAGCCGGCCCACAAACUGAUAGCCGUGGAAGAAUUUGGGGCGGAUGACUCGGUCGACAAGCUUUCGCCAAGGAGCGCGAUCCUUGACCACGUUAAGCAAUACCUCGUAGCCCAGGGGAGCGCUCGGGUCAGACUGCGCGAUCUGUGGCUAUGCGACACAGGGCUCGACCGGCUCUGUGCCGGCCGACUCAUCGAUCUCCUCCUCGCCUUCUCCGACGAGGACGGCUGGCUACUCUCGAACGACUCCCAGCCGGCUACUGACCGACAUUUACCCUCGUCCACCGGAAUGGACGCUAUCUGGGUCUCCUGGCUUCUGUUCCCCUCUUCUACCUCCAAGGCCCUCAAACGCUAA